ACGAGAUUUUGCGGCACAGUGCGUAGUUACGUUACGUAAACCUCUUCGGUUACGCUACGUCAGUUCCUGAGAGCAGGAAGUGUGAUGUGGCUCUGACACCCAACAAAAAUGUCGGCCAUUUUCAACUUCCAGUCGCUGCUAACAGUGAUCCUCCUCCUGAUCUGUACCUGUGCCUACAUCAGAGCGAUGGCUCCCAGCUUGCUAGACAAGAACAAGACCGGGCUUUUAGGAAUUUUCUGGAAGUGUGCCAGAAUAGGUGAGCGGAAGAGCCCCUGGGUGGCUUGCUGCUGUGUCAUCAUGGCUUUUAGUAUACUGUUUCUACAGUAGCAGUCCAAAGACAACCACAAAUGGAAACAUUGGGGAAAUGAAUGGACAACAAGGCAUGGACAAUACGAUCCUAAAAGCACAACAGGACCUCCAGUGGUUGUCACUUAGAUAAUGUAAAAAUGGAGACCCAUCACCACUCACCGAGGCCACGGAGAGAGAAAAUAAGUCUGUGUAGGAGGAAGGGUGAGCUGAUAGCCCCAAGAGUGUGUCUAGAUCCCUCCACAGGCUUCAAGGUCUGCCUUGUGUUUGCAGAUGUAUGUGUGUGUGUAGGGGGUCAGUGUUUUCUGUUAUCUUCCAUUUAAUAUAAAGGAAAAAAAUCACAAUGUGCGAUCAAAUGAUAAAUUGUUUGUCCAAACGUUUCAAACAGAUUUUUUUUUCCCUUCUAGUUACACAAUUGUCACAAUUGCAUCGACCCGUUAUAAAUCCUCUACAAAAAUUCUCCCUUCAUAAAUGUUCAUAACUGUUAAGCGAUUCAAAUGGAGACUUUUCUUUGUUGGAUCUUAAACUGGUGAUUACAUUCCACAGCAAAUAAAAUGGUAUUAUAGCUCUUCAGAUGUCAAAUUGUCGUACAUAUUUGUUGCAGAGAGCUACUGAUGUUUUUAAAGUCAGUCAGUUUGUUGCUAUUUAUUAAAGAACUUUUUGGAAAUCU